GUACGUCAAGCUUGACAGUGGAUAUGUUUUGUGUUUGACACUUGACAAAUAUGAUCGAUGUAACUAUCAGAAAUUUGAACUCUAGGGAGAAGGAAAAAUGAUACUUUAUUACUGAUUUUAACCAACACGUGCUUCUCAUUUUUAUUGAUAUAAAUAUAUGAAGUUAUCUCAAUGCAGUUACUAUGAAAUAGACAGUACAAUGGGAAAAGUACUGUCAUCAAUUAGGCAUCCGUUCAGGAACUUCAACCUGGAGAGUAGAGCUCAUAAAGUCAUAUCUCAAGAGAAACCCAAACCGGCCCCCUGGCGCCACACAGACCAAAUAGAAAUAGAACGAUUAAUGAAAGAACACACAAAAGAAUAUGAAGAGAGCCUGCAGAAACAUGAAGAAUUGGAUAAGCACUUGAAGCAGGUGUACGUUACAUCUACAAACCCAGACGAAAUCCCAAAUAAGAAGAAUGAGAACCCAGAUCGACCUCUUCCAACUGACCGGACUACAGUUCAGCCAUUUUUGUAUGGUAUGAAAGAGCCUGAACGUAUCCCUGCUGGAAAAUCAUCAUUGAAGGGCAUCCUUGAGCUCAUCAGCUUACAUCAAAAUGAUCCUAAAAUCUACAAUGCUAAAAAGAUUGCCGAGGAUACAAUGAUUCCAGAAAACACCAUCAAUUAGUUUUUACGAGAUAGUCAAAGACAAAAUUUUAGAAUAUAUUGAAAUACUACAGAGUGUUUGAAGUCUACAUCCCACAAGAGAGACAAGUAAAAGCAAAAUUUGCUGGUCCUAGCCUUCCUAGAGUUGAGAUAAUUAAACAAAUAAGAAAAGAGCUGCCUGCACCUAGUAGUAAACGGCUACCUCCACCUAGUCCUAGUGAUAAAGACAAAACCUGAUUCUGUUAAGUUUUAUUUGUUGCAAUAUAGUAUUGAUAUAGUUAACAA